GUUUCCAAAAGGCAUCGGAAUAAUGUACAUCGGGGAGAGUCCCUGGCUUGCAAUCCUAUUCGUUGUGUCAGGCAAGACUGUGCAUGCUCCCCUGAUGAAAUCCAUGCUCUCUGUCUCGCUGCUGAGGGCUUUUGGCAGGAGUUUCAUUUGGCUAGGGAAACGAUUAUAUUAGCAACCCCAGCUGAUAAAAACUCCGAGUGUCUUUCUCUCUGGAGCCUCUUGGCUGAAGGUCUUCCAGAAUACAAGUCGGCAAACAGACAUACCUGCAUCAGGAGUAUGAUGAGAGGAAGCUUCUGGCUAACACGACGCUUUGGAGCCUGCCAGAGCCUUCUUGGAUCCCCCAGGUUCAGACCUCAGAGUGUCCCUCACAGACCCAGUCCCAGCCUAAUUCCAGGAACAAGCUUCAGAAGUUCAUCCACAGACACUUUGGUUUCCAGGUUCUGCCAAAAAUUUACAGACCUGAAAGAUUAUGCCCUUCCCAAUGCCAGCUGGAGCCCUGAAAUGAUGCGCUUGUACAAGGAGUUUCUAGAAAAGACAAAGGAUGGGGAAUGGGUCAAACUUCCUUCCUUCAAGAGCAAUAGUGACCACAUCAGAGGUCUGAAGCUCCCCGGUGGAUUUAUAACCACUUCAGACAAAGAAGACUACCGCAUUUUUACCAGGUGCAUUGAAAAGGAUGGACAAGGCUAUGAGUACGUCAUUUUUUUCCACCCAUCCAAGAAGAAGUCAAUAUGUCUGUUCCAGCCAGGUCCCUACCUGGAAGGUGCUCCAGGAUAUGCCCAUGGAGGAUCUUUGACUGCCUUAGUGGAUGAGACAUUUUCUAAAACUGCUUAUUUGUCAGGUCAUGGAUUGUUCACUCUAAACCUCAACAUCAAAUUUAAAAAUCCGAUCCCCGUGGGCUCUGUGGCCCUGCUGAAGGUGGAAGUCGAAAAGAUAGAGGACCAGAAGAUUUUCCUGUCCUGCAUCGCCCUGAGCCCUGAUGAGCAGGUGCUCUUUGCCAAGGCUUCAGGGGUUUUUCUUCAGCUGGAGCUGGAAGAGCAAGAAUAAUAGUAGCCAGUCCAAAGGUGUCCCAGUAUGCUGCCUGUCCAAUCCGCAAUUGAGGACACUGAUAUGCCGAUGUGAUCUCCCUCUCUCUCACGCUCUGUCUCUCUGUCUCCACAUCUAUGUGUUUCUCUGUGUCUCUCCCUCUCCCCUCUCCCCCCUCUCCCUCUCC